CCAGCUUCCGGGCAGUCUUUGCAGAACUCCACUCAGGAGGUCGUCGAGGAGCUGCCCAAUGGUUUCGACUCCACCAACUCACUAGACAAGGGGCAGGUGCACGAGGCCACCCGCACCAUCCAGUGCUGCUCUGAGAUGAGAGCAGGAGCAGAGGGUCUCCACACUCAGGACCUUGAGAUGCCGGGCUUGGACCAGAACUAGGGAGGGACCAGACUGGGGCUGUCCCUUUUUCAAGCUAAAGGGGAUGUACAUGCAGGUCACCUUGCCUGGUUCGGAGCUGAGCUGCCGUGACCCUCUUUCCCUUGCCCGGUGUGAGCUUCUGGAGGCCACUGAGGCAGAGCCAGAGGCGCCAGCUGCAGAGCUCCAGCCGGCGGCAGAAGCAGGGCAGUGGACAGUGGUGGAGGUAGAGCUGGCUCCAGCUCCGUCAAUACCACCCCCUCUAGCGCUGGAGCCAGCGUCCCCUCCAUCAGCAGUGUUGGAGCUGGAGCAAGGGCCCACGUCGGCUCCAGCAGGAGUGGGAGCUGCUGAGCUGGAGUCACCUGGACCAUCAUUUCUAGUGGGAAGUCCAUCUCCACCUGUGGCCAUUAAGGAGGAUGAGAAGAAGCCUAACUUCACGGCCUUCCCUCCUAAGCUGGUGGCGGAGCUGUUGACCGUGAUGGAUGCGGAGUGCGAGAUCCUGAAGAACUUCUCCUCACUCCGUGCUGUCAUCUCUGCUCUGCAGAAAACCUCCAUAAGCCACCUGAAGAACAAGUGGGUGGAUGUUUCCCACUGGGUAGGCCCCUCUCCAUAG